AUGUCAUCAAGACCUACCGGCCAGCUGAGCAUACAGCUCUCAGGCUUACUCGAAAAGAUGAGGUCAACCGACUCGGACCACCGAGUAAUGGCGCUCAUCGACCUCAACAAAGAGCUCUCAAGGGUACUCUCUCCUAUACCAGGGUCAUCAUCUGAUCCUCGUCGAACUUCAAGUAUAUCGUACACCGACGAAGGGACUGAACUUACGUUGACGGAUAACGUAUUGAAGUUGUUAUCUGAUUCAAAUGCGGAAGUCAAGUCAUCUGCUGUGUCUUGUAUCGCUUUGAUGGUUCGAAAACCACGUCAGCAAGUACUUACGAAUAUAGUGAAUUCCCUGCUGGAUGGUGUGUCUUCGAACGAUGAGGAGAGGAGAGAUAUCUCUUGUCUAGCCCUCAAAUCUGUUGUUCUUGAGAUGCCAGUAGAUGGGCAGCAAGCAGAAGCCAAUGUGGAGAAGAUCGUAUCCCGAGUGUUUGCUUUAUUCAAGUCCGACAUCAACCCUCAACUCGCUUCUGAACUUCUACAAACUCUGACAGACCUAUUCAUCCGAUUCUCUUACAUACUCAGAAGCUCUGAGAAAAUCCAGAAUACAUCAAUCACCUCAUUGUCAAAUAUUCUAUCCUCUGCCAGACCGGCCAUCAGAAAAAGAGCUAUACCCACUGUAUCUGCUCUCGUCUCCACCAAUCCAGGAUUAUUCGAUAACUCGCUGAAAAAGCAGAUAGUAGAUGGAUUAUCCCAGGGACCAGAAGCUGUCAGAGUCUGGUUAGGAGUCGUUGCUACGCUGGCUAGAGGUCAGAGUGUACAUAAGAUAGGAGCUUUGUUGGCGGAAGGAAAAGUGGGAGAAACUGUGUUGGAGCAGACUGAGAAUCCGGAAGAUACCGAGACUGUUGAAGCGGCUUUAGUGGCGCUGGAGGUUCUCGUGCUGCGAUGUCCCACUGAGAUCGCGCCUCACAUACAGACAGUCGUCGAAAGAGCUUUGUCGCUGGUGAAAUAUGAUCCUAACUACGUUGACCUCGACGAUGACGACGUUGAUAUGGAUGCUGAGGACGAUGACGAAGACGAGGAUGACGAAUUUGAAGAAGAUGCCUACUCUGAUGAUGAAGACGACUCAUGGAAGAUUCGACGAUCUGCCGCUAAACUCCUUCUUGCGCUCAUUGGUACCAGAAACGAACUUUUGGCAGACUUCUACAGUCACGCCGCCCCCGUUCUUAUCUCCCGCUUCAACGAAAGAGAGGAAAGUGUGCGAUUGGAGGUGCUUGCUGCGUUUGAGGUUUUGCUUAAGCAGACUGCUUCUGCACGUGCAGCUGAAGUAGUUUCGGGAGGUAGGAAUAAGAGGAAGAGGAGUGAGGGUAUGGAUGAAGACUAUGCUCCGGAUGAUAGUGUGAUAUCAUAUCUCCGAGCGAGUCUUCCUCAGCUCUCUCGAGCUAUUCUCAAACAGAUUUCCUCCAAAUCCGUUCCAACUCGUCAACAAUGUUUCCUGCUUCUCCGAGAAAUCUCGAAAGCGCUUAACGGCGGCCUGGAUGACUCCGCGAACGCUAUCUGCGCUGCUGCUACCUCGGCUAUUCGAUCAGUUGACAGUUCGACAUCCGCUUCGUUGGCCAUUGCAGCUCUUUCUUUCCUGACUGCCUUCUUCGCAGACCAUCCUGCAAGAGUAUAUGCGGAUCAUCUGGGUCAGCUAGUACCUGCUAUUGUCCGAUGUAUGAAAGAUAAGCUCCAGCGAAUUAGCUUUGAAGCCUUCAACGCCGCUGCUAGUCUUGCACGAGCUGCUAGACCCAAGGGAUCGACCUCACCUUUACCACCCAGCUUCAUCCAACCCAUUCAACAGAUCUUCGACGCUACUACCGAAAUCCUGGCGGACAACAGCACUGACGCCGACGUCCGAGAAAAAGCUUUGGAUACCCUUGGAUACCUUUUAGUGCAUGAGGGAGAUAGUUUCACCUCGUCAUACUCCAUUUGUCUACCGCUCAUCACGUCUCGACUUGCCAACGAGAACACGGCUUCCACAGCUGUUCUCGUCAUUGGUAAACUCGCUGAAUCACCCUUACUUAAAGGCAAAGAGUUCGAGUCAUGGUUACUCUCGGUCUUGCCCGAAGUGGUUGUGGCUUUACGGCGAAGUAAAAGAUCGACGACCAAGAACUCUGAAUUCGCUUGUCUUUCCAAUAUUCUUUCCAGAGUUGGUACAGGACUUCCGGCCCAAACCGCCAUCGAUCUUGUUGGUGAACUACUACCGUUUAUUGAAACUCCUACAGCCCUGCAAGUAGUCUCCUUAAUCUUGAGCCAGCAACCCAACUGUCGAGAAUCGGUGGAUAGUCAAUUAUCACCUAAGAUAAUGCAAAUUAUCAAAACUCCAUCGUCGAACCAGCACCUCGUGGACGCUUUGUCGACUUUCUUCGCCGCUUAUGUAGAUGGUGAUCAGGAUUGCGCGACGAGAUUGGUUCCUGCCUUGGUUGAGAACCUCGGUAAAUCACACCAUCUUCCCGAUGCUACUAAAGGUGGAACUUCCACCUACACCACCACGGCAAAGAUCAUCGGGACUGUCGUAGCUCAUUCUCAAAGGAAUGCUGCUGGUGUGUUGGCUUUGUUCCAGAAAGUCAUCAAGUCUUCCAAAGCUACUGAACCGGAUGUAUACCUCUCUUUGUUAUGCAUUGGCGAGAUAGGCCGAAUAACUGACCUAUCAACGAUACCUGAUCUAUUCGACAAAAUUCUGGGCUUCUUCGACAACGAGAGUGAGGAGGUCAGAAGUGCUGCUGCAUUCGCUGCUGGUAAUCUUGCUGUUGGAGCACCCAAGGUGUUUUUACCAGCUAUUAUCAAGCAUAUCGAGACUGUUACGAGCGAAGCAACUAGAUUACUACUUUUGCAUUCUUUGAAAGAGGUCAUCCUUCAUUCAUCCGCUGCUCAGCUCGAACUUCUCGCCGAUUUACUCUGGAAACCGCUUUUCGCGGAUGACGUCUCUACCAAAGAAGGAGAAAUCGGGGAUGACGGAAUUAGGAAUGUCAAAGCGGCUUGUAUUGGUAAAUUGACAACUACAGCUCCUGGAAAAUUCCUACCUCAACUUCAGGAGCUACUCCGAUCGAGUCCCAAAAAUCGAGCUAUCGUAGCUGCAGCAGUCAGAUAUACAUUUAUUGACACUUCCUCUUCAUACGAUGAAAUCAUCGCUCCUAUCAUCGUGGAAUUCUUGUCUUUAAUGAAAGAUUCAAACUUGAUCGUUCGAAGAUUGUCGCUUGCUUCGCUCAAUUCUGCCAUCCAACAUAAACCACACUUGAUCGUCGAUAAACUCUAUACCCUUCAACCACUGUUGUAUCAGGAGACGUAUGUUAAGAAAGAAUUGCAAAGAGAAGUUCAAAUGGGUCCAUUCAAAGUGAUCGAGGAUGAUGGGCUUGAAAAUCGAAAGACAGCUUAUGAAACGAUGUAUACUUUGCUCGGAACAUGCUUCUCCAAGGUCGACUUACCUACAUUCACCGAACGCGUCAUGGCUUCUUUAUCCGAUGUCAACGAGGUGAAAGUAUUAGGUUUGAUGUUGUUACUGCGAUUAGGUCAAAUGUCACCCACGUCUGUCAUACCUCGAUUGGACGAUGUUGUGGGUUCAAUGAAAGUCAUGAUGAAAGAUGUGGAAGUGAAAGAUGAUACGGUCAAACAGGAUUUGGAGAGGAAAGAGGAAAUGCAACGAUCGACUUUACGUACGGCCGUACCAUUAUAUAAAUUAUCGAACCCUCAACAAGCACCUCAAUUCCAUUCUUUCGUCAGUGGUCUUUUGGCCACGGACAAAUGGAGGGAUUUCAAAGAUUAUCAGGCGUAG